ACGGACGUGCCAAUUUGUAACAAGUUGUCGUUGGAGACAUAUUUUUAUGAAUGAUGCAUGAGAUGCGGAAUUGUGGGUCUUCGCUAUCGCGCAGCCGCUGUGCGAUAUUGUGACAAGUGCGCGCACCUGCGUGGCACAGUCUUCGACAUUGGCGGUUCGAUUUCAUUCGCUCCGGAUUCGAAGCUCUUUGCUUUGUGUUUGAUUCUCGAUUCUGUCGUCUGAUUGCUCGGAAAGUGGGACGUUUUCUGCAGCCUCACAAUUCGAGUGCAAAAUGUGCGAUUAGAGGAUAUCGUGGGUGUAGAAAGCGUGGAAGUGCUGAAGAAUGACAUAGGCAAUUCUGCAACUGGAGAGGUCGGUUCUUUAUGAAAUGGAUUUGAAUAGGAAUAGGCUGGUGCUUGUACUUCUGCGUGUUCAGAGGGAUGUUUGGUUGAUCAAGGCCAAGAUUUUGGAGGAUUGUUCGGGUUCUCGGAACUGCUGCUCGUAGAAGCAGGUGUGGGCCGGGUUGAAGUUCUGUUUCAACUUUGAAUCAAUCUGGAAGAUCUGGAGCUAUAACGACAGCGUCCAUUGGUUGUCGUUCACUCCAUCCGGUCAUAUUACACCAUAUCUUUCUGUGAUCCCAACGAUGUCGCCAGAAGGAUCAAAACCAGGGUUCCAGGUGGAUCAGCGAGUACAGAGCGUGAAAGCCGAGAAGACUUCUAGCAAGCAGUUGGGAACUGUGAAAUAUGUUGGGCCCGUAGAAGGAUACGAUGGACUGUGGGUCGGUGUGGAUUGGGACACUGGUUUGGGUCGCCACAAUGGCACUGUCAACGGCAAACAUUACUUUGAAACGACAACGAAGGAGUCGGGCUCGCUGGUUCGCCCAAAUAGUCUCAGUACUGGUAUCACUCUAGCCGAAGCUUUGAUCGAGCGGUACAACGCCUCGGCUACAACCACUUCUUCAGGAGAAGACGGUAUGUACGUGAUGUCAGUUCGACAGAGACGGAUGACAGUAGAACUCGUUGGGAAGGAUCAAAUCGAGGAAAAGCAGAAACAUCUGGAAGAUCUGAAAGUUGUUAUUCUUGCUUAUGCUGGCGUUUGCUCCGCUGGGCCACGGGGCCAAGUAGGUGGUCUUGCUCCAUGUAUCAAGGAGCUCGACCUGACCGGAAAUCUGCUUCCGGAUUGGAACGCUGUUGGCCAGAUAUGUGAUGAGUUGCCUUUGUUGAGGGUUCUCAACCUUAGCUGUAGCCGUAUAAGCAUGGACGCAGAGAGUAUAAAUCCAGCGCUUUCCAACAUUCAAACUCUUGUCCUAAACAACUGUCAUAUUACGUGGCAGCAGGUGGAUCAACUGAAGCUAUCGCUAAAAUCUUUGGAGGAACUUCACUUAUGUGGGAACAAUAUCAGAACUAUUGAGGCUAGUGAGCACGGCGCACCAGGUGUCUUUGUUGACGGAUUUGAAUUAUUGCGACUGCUGAAUCUUGAAGACAAUAAUAUCGUGGACUGGGCAGAAAUUCUGAAGCUUUCCAAGCUGAAAAGUUUGGAGCAUCUGAAUUUGAACUCAAAUGGAUUGGAAGAAGUUUUAUAUCCUGUUCUGGAUCCAUCGUUCGAGGAAGAUAAAGAGGCAAAGAAGUCAAUUCCAUUCCAAAAUCUCCGGUGUCUUCUUUUAGGUAAGAACAAAAUUGCACGUUUGGACUCUGUCGAUGCGCUUAACCACUUCCCUUCUCUCAAGGACGUGCGACUAUCAGAAAACCCACUCGUAGAUGGAGCUGGGGUAAACGCAUCACGUUUUUUGCUCGUCGCACGAAUUGGAAACAUCACAAGCCUCAAUGGGAGUGAAGUCAAAGCAAGAGAGAGGAAAGAUGCAGAGAUCAGGUAUGUGCGCUAUGUUCUGAAUAGUGUGUUGGGACAGAUCGAUGAUUCAGUUCUCAAGAAACACCCACGAUUUUUGGAACUUAAAGCUAAACACGAUAUCCCUAUGGAGUCAGCGCAAUCUGGAGCAGCCCUUGCAUCCCACAAAAUGUCAGCAAGCUUCCUCUCUGUCACUAUCAUGUGCGUUUCACUGUCCGUUGGAGAGAAGGCUCCUGUGACUAGGAAAUUGCCCUCAUCAACAACGGUUGGUAAACUGAAGCAAAUAUGCGAGGGACUCUUUAAGGUGAAAGCGGCAAAUCAGUGCCUCUACGUGAAAGACGAGGACACUCCUCUUCCAGUCGCCUUGGAUAAUGACUUGGAAAGUAUCCAUGAUCUAGGACUUGGACAAGACUCGGUUAUCCUGGUGGAUGAAGCAAAAGGUCACUAACAUCCUAUUUUUGUAAUCUAUUUCCCGAUUUUUUCCACCUGCAUUUUUAUGAGUUGUCUUCUGCAGUUUGUGAGUCCCAUUUACAAAACAAGGUCAUCAGCGAUGGGAAAAGGCUACUUUGCCACACUUAGCUCUUUUAGAUUUAUUUUUUCAACUGUAUAAUGCCAUCGUUCUCCUACCUUUGGUUUACCAUUGUGAGAGUCCUUACGCAACAUGAAAGAGAUAGCAGAUGGGUAAGUAGGCCUGGAACUCCUCAGGAGAUCGCUGUAGUUUAUGACAACACACUUGACUGGUUCGUUGUUUUAAUUGCUGGUCGUCGGAUAUGACACGUAGUCGUCGGAGAUGAGGUUUUUUUGGAAAUUCUGUUUCUCAAUAAAGGGGUGCCUGAGUCACAUUUGAGCACUUUUCUGAGGAGACAACGUGUAGAAAGUUCACGAAAGAAGCCUAUUCACUGUCACUGGCCUUCUUAUUUGCUCAGAAAGCACUAUUCAAGUCCAAGUUGCAGGGUGAGAAAGCGGCAGGUAAUUCAUUGCUGUUUUCGUCAUGCAUGCUGGAAGAAAGUUCUGACUUAUACUUUGUAGAACUCAAAUACGUUGGAGAGUGCGAACGACAGAUAUGUGGACAAGAUGAUCGGUUACAAAAAACGGUAGGAUCUGGUCGUGAGUCACUGGAACUCGGUCAGAUCCUGGACGACAUCAAGAGACAUCUCGAAGGUGACAUUGGAGUUUCAACCUUCAAGACAAUGCAGGAAGACACUGAAGUGUGCAUGGAUAUGUCCAAUAUAUUCGACGGGAAAGGGCUGAUCCAUAGACUGUUAGAUUGCGGCUAAUAGCUUUAGGAGUUGAAAGAUGUACUACUGGUGAGUUUUAUCAAUGUACACCGCAUAGAAAUCAAUACAGUGCUUGUGUGUCGAACAAUUUUCGAGUUGUGCAGAAACUACCGGAGAUGUUUUGCCCAGGUUUGAUAUGUGUCUGCUCGAAAGGCAGUGGAAUAUCUGAAAUAACGCGUAUUGUUACUUAAAACUUGGUUGUUUGAUCGCUGGUUAAGGAGAGAAGAAUGUGAAUGGAUACGUGUGGGAAGUGCUUGAUGUACUUUGUGGCUAGGAGCAUGUCCUUGUUUCGUUCGUAAGGUUGAUCAGACACCACCAACAUUCCCGAGUGUGUAUCACACUCGGGAAAUUAGCUAGGUUGUAACUGCCUUCAUGAGCUUAGUCGGCCGCUUGCGUGUCUGAAGUCUUUCUUAUUGGAUGUCCUAAAUUUUUCAAAAGAUACAAGGAUUCAUG